AUGUGCCAUCCAGCUAUCCAUGAUCCAAUAAGGCAAAAACAACUUAUCAUCUUUUCUGUGCUUUUAAUGAUAUGCUACAUUAUUGUCACUAGACAGGUUUUCAAAACUCAUCAACUUCUCAACAACAUAGAUAAGCCAUAUGAACUCUACAUCAAAUACACAACAGAGGGUACAACAACCAAGAUUGAGUCCGCCAGUACGAAGAAAAGUUCUGAAAGAAGGUUACAAUCAGUGCUUGUAUUGGAAGAAGGCAGUCGAGAAGAAAGGGUGUUGAUAUCAAAAAAUUCAAAUGAGAACAAUAAAGUCAAGAAUGAACCAUUACAUGUUAGAGAUUCAUAUUGGAAUGAAGGGUCAGAAGAAGGCCCAAAUAAUGAAUACCAAGGAGAAUAUGAAGUGGAAGAGGAAGAGAAAUGGGAAGAUAUCAAUCCUGUAUAUAGUGAUGAUGAUGACUAUCCAAGGGUCUUUGGAACUAUUGUUGUUAAUGGGAUUGAAUACACAACCAUAGUUAAUCCAGAGUAA